CAGUUAGUUAUACGGAAGAAGGGAACAAGCGGUCGCCUAUUCGACUCCCUUUUCACCAAGGUAGUUCUGCAAGAAAGGAAGGUGCUCCGGAACCACAGGUAUAGCGCAAGGAAGCGACGGCCACCUGCAACUACAAUAUCGGUCGGCAAUGGCAACGGAAAUGCAGUCGUUUUACACCCCCACAACCACACAUAUCUCUUCCCACGCGCCGGCUGCAGUGGACGAACUGAUCAAUAAAUACUCUUCCACCAUGACAACUUCGACCUCACCCGGUGCAAGCCACUUGCCCAUGAAGAACCCCCGCCGCAACAUCGUGCAGCGAUUUGCCGACCGCAUCCUUUUGGAGUAUUAUCGCUACGAGGUUACGUUCGGACUCUACGUGAUGACGCCAGGGGAAAAGCUGGUGGCCAACACUUUCGUGAUCGUUGUUCUGUCCCUCUUGUUCUGGGCCCUGCUCGUUUACUUCCCCGCGCUGUUGUACCAAAAGCUCAGCCGUCUUGUAUGGCUUUUGACCGGCCACAGCAGCGAGGAGAUGGGAGCUGCCUUGGGGAUACUCGAGUCCCACGUGAACACGAUAUCCACGCCCUCUAGCUGAGGCGCGAACGUUGGCCGAGAAAGUGGAAACCACCUCAUGAUUAUAGUAUUUCGUUCCUUUUGGUUUGCAUUGCUUUUUGGUAUACGGCAACAGGGUCUGUUGUUAUGAUCCUCGUUGUAUAUUCGAUUCAUUUGAUGGCGUUGCCGGGCGUUCCGGGACUAUGAUCAACAUUAGCGCGUUGCCGCGCACAGACUUAAUGAACUGAACGGAAGACAUCGACUUUUAAUGCGAACACGC